AUGCUUAGCAUUGAAAUUGAUUCUUUGUUUGAUGGAAUUGACUUAAACCCUAGCAUUACGAGGACUCGAUUCGAAGAGUUAAAUGCCGAUCUUUUCCGCUCUACCAUGGAACCUGUCGAGAAAGCCAUCCGUGUUCUGUGACACCAAGAUGGACAGCACAAAGCCCAGAUUCAAGAUAUCGUUCUCGUUGGUGGAUCAACCCGUAUUCCGGAGGUGGAAAAGCUCUUGCAACAUUUCUUCAACGAAAAAGAGGUUAAGAAAUACAUCAAUCACGAUGAGGCCGUUGCCUACGGUGCCGCUGUUCAAACUGCAAUCCUUCAGGGAGUCAAAUCUGAGGCUGUCCAAGAUCUUCAAAAAAUGAAUUUAAGUGAAAACUUACAGCGAAUUUUGCCAUGUUGUAGUAAACAACAUGUACAUGUUGAACAACUUGAUUUCUUGCAAGAGACAUAG